AUGGCCGACCAGUUCAAGGCCCGGACGUUGAAACGCAAGAACGUUAAAGGUCUCGCCCUCAAUGCGACCCCCAAGCCCGCUGCCUCCAAUCCCUCCGACGGUGAUGCCCAAGUCCCCGGCGCUGUGGGAAAUUCAGAUGGCAACCGCACAGAUACCCUGGAGAUCGGUCUUGAAUUCCGACUCGAUCUUCGCAGUGAGGACCUGGUAACUCUGAAAGAACUGGGAGCCGGCAAUGGAGGCACCGUUUCCAAGGUGAUGCACGCAUCGACCAAGGUCAUCAUGGCCCGAAAGAUUAUCCGGGUCGACGCCAAAGAGAACGUGCGAAAACAGAUUCUACGGGAACUUCGAGUGGGACAUGAAUGCAACUCGCCCAAUAUCGUCACCUUCUACGGUGCCUUCCAAAACGAAGCUAGAGACAUUGUCCUGUGUAUGGAAUACAUGGAUUGCGGAUCUCUCGAUCGCAUCUCGAAGGAUUUCGGCCCCGUUCGGGUCGAUGUGCUGGGUAAAAUCACAGAAUCAGUUCUCGCCGGUCUUGUCUACCUUUACGAAACCCACCGGAUCAUGCACCGUGAUAUCAAACCAUCCAAUGUUCUGGUAAACUCUCGUGGAAAUAUCAAGCUUUGCGACUUCGGUGUGGCUACCGAGACCGUCAACUCCAUCGCCGAUACUUUCGUCGGGACCUCGACAUAUAUGGCCCCAGAACGUAUUCAGGGAGGUGCUUAUACGGUUCGCUCUGACGUAUGGAGUGUCGGCUUGACUGUCAUGGAACUGGCUGUCGGACGAUUCCCAUUUGAUACUUCGGAAUCCGCAGCAGGAGAUCGGGCCAGUGCUGGCCCCAUGGGUAUUCUGGACCUGCUUCAGCAAAUUGUUCACGAGUCUGCCCCGAAGUUGCCCAAGAGUGAUGCUUUCCCGCCCAUCCUCCACGACUUUGUUGGAAAGUGUCUACUAAAGAAGUCUGAAGAGCGUCCGACUCCGCGAGAGCUUUAUGACAAGGAUGCAUUCUUGCAAGCAGCGAAGCGCACGCCGGUCGACCUUCAAGAAUGGGCUAUCAGCAUGAUGGAACGCCACAACAGGAAGUCUUACCUCCAACCCCCGGCCCCGAAGUCUCUCAAAGAAAACCAAACACCCACUUCGACUUCAUCUUCUGCCGCCCAAACUCCAAUCCCUGCGCCAAUCUCCAAGCCGCCGCCACCCCCGAUCAGCAAAACCGCUCGAACCCCUCAGCCCCAACAAUCUCCGUACCAAAAAUACCCCAGCAUAGGCACAGGCGACAUCCCACUCAAUGUCGCCAGUGACGUCCCGGCAUCAUCAAACCGGUACUGCGGACAUUCUCCCCAAGUCCAAGUCCAGCAAUACCCCCAGCAAUCUUCCUACGCCUCAUCUCGCUCUGCGAAAUCGCCACCCCCGCCCUCUCUAGAGCACCUCUCCUUAGAAACACGGGACGAUGACCCUCGAUCUGGCCGCCGUCCAAACAGAAAUCACCUCGGGGAUCCCGUGUCCGCGGUUGAAGCUCCAUCUCGUCCCUUUAUGAGCCCUCGUUCCGUCAGUUCGAACAAUACCAAAUCCCGCACGAACCUCCAUCAAACAGCUGCACUCCCCAUUCGUGCCGCUCCUCCACCAUCAGGUCCUCCCCCGCCACCUCCCGUCUCGGCAGGCGGAAAUUGGCGUGGAUAUCCUGGUUGCACACCUGGUGCGACCUCCUAA